GCGUCAAUUCCAUCCAGGUGAAGCUUUUCGAUAGCUAUCCAGCAUUGAGAUUCGGGGAUUACCACAUACGAUGAUUGCAUCGGGGAUUAGAGGGCUUGCCAGGCCAUGCCUGUCUACUACGAGAUGUUUGCGCCAGCUCCCCGUACGAAGUGCACCAAGAGCAACCAUACAAGAUGUACUCCGGCAAAGGCGAUUCCAAAGUAGCCAGGGCUCAACCUAUGGAGCUGCGAAAAAGCUAUUCAAGGCCUAUCCGUACUCCGUCAGCCUCGCUACCGUAUUUAUUCUAUGCGGCGCUGGCGGCCUCAUGUACGCGAACUAUUUCUAUAACUCAUACAUAAUUGGAGCCUUCCACAACUUCCCGGAACCGGUAGCCAAAGAGCUACGAAAGGCGCUAUACUUUACGAACCAAGACCUGAAGCCACACCAAGCGAUUAAAUUCUACAAAAAGACACUUCGGGUCGCGGAAGAUAUUGGCAUGGACCCUUUCUCCGACGAGAUCCUCGGCGUGAAAUUCCAGCUAGCAGCAUUUAUGGAGAAGAUCCAGAAAUAUCACAAGGCAAUCCAGGUUCUCGAGAUCGUCCGGGGCGAUUGCUUGCAGUGGAUCGAGGAAUUUGGAGACAAACCCGAGAAUGCUGGGAAAAGGACGAGGGUCCUAGGAAAGACAAUUGGGAUUACUGUGAAGCUGGGCGAACUUUAUGCUGGGGAGUAUGUCAAAGAGCCAGAAUUGGCCGAGGAGAAGUUGGUUUGGGCUGUUGAAGCGACAUUAAAGGAGCUACAGAGGAGAGAAAAAGAAGGUGUCAAGCCAGAUGAAGGCGAGUGGCUUAACGCUGAACAAAUAGGGGGAUCAUUCGAAGCCCUCGGAAAUCACUAUGAGAGCCGAGACCAGCAUUAUCUCUCAUCGCCACUUUUCUUACAAGCAAUCAACAUGUCUCCGCCAAAGUCGUGCCAUACAGCUGUCUUAAUGAACAACCUUUCUAUAUCCGUCGCUCAGCAAAACGCCCCAACAACUCCAGGUCAAGCCCCUGUGUCCCGGCCAACCCUCGUAGCGAAUGCCCGAGCCUGGGCCGUCAAGGCUAUCGAUAUAGCCACCAAUAUUGCCCCCCCAGAAAGGACAGAAGAAUGUGAUCUCGCCUGCGCAGUGGCAACCCACAAUCUUGCCGAGUUCGCCGAAAUGGACGGGGAUAUUGCAGCUGCCAGGCUCAAGUACGAAGAAGCGAAAUCCUUGUCUAAGGUGAUUGGGUUUAAGGAAGGUGUUUCCAAUGCGGAGAAGGCGCUCAGGAGGUUAUCCGAGAAAUAGGCAACUUAGUCACUUGUAUUCAAGGACUCCUUACUUGUCUUCAAGGAUUCAAGGAGUCCUUGAAUACAAGUGGCAACUUAGGCCACUAAUCACAGCCAGGCCAGGCUGUGAUACGUGGCCUAAUUCAUGGAACAUCUCAGCCAGGCCCAUUGGAAUGGACUUAUAACAAAUAUAGCCAAGUGCAUGGAGUUAGUUUGCACGGGCGCCAGGGAACCGGUGCGGUUCAGCACGACCACGAGCUAGUUGUUGCCAGCGAAGCGGGCACGCACGACAUUGUUUGGCCAUGGCCAGAAUGAGGUGUGACGCAGGGAGCUGUUGUGAUAAUAUUACCUUGGAACCUCUACCCUCUUUUUUGUGGGUCUGAUAUAACAGAGAAUGUAAAAAUAUACAAUUAACAAAGAAUAGUCGUCAUGUCAAUUAUUGUGUAGAAUUAUAUGGAAACGAGGCUCUUCCAUCUGGAUUCUAUGGAUGCCGAUUACGCAAACUUGGAAG